CCGGCUUCCCCGCUGCGGGCGACGCUGGCCCGCGGGUCGCCCUCGGCAGGCCGCGGGGACAGCGCCUGGCCAGGGUUCCGGGCGCUCCCGAGCCACAGCUGCAGCCAUCCCAUUAGUCUGCAUUAAUGAGAUGCUAUUGAAGAGUUACUGUGUUGUUUCCUUUCUCAACUUCAGACACGUCCUCAAUGCGGGAGCCAUGGAGUUAAGCUGCAGUGAAGUCCCACUUUACGGACAGAAGACGGUCUGUGCAAAGUUUGGCAAAAAUGUUUACCUUCCUGAAGACGCUGAGUUUUACUUUAUUUAUGACGGGUCGCAUCAGAGGCACGUGGUGAUUGCUGAGCGCGUCGAGGACAACGUUCUCCAGUCCAGCAUCCCAGGCCACUGGCUUCAAGAGACAGUGACAGUGUCCGUGUGCCUCUGCUCAGAAGGGUACUCCCCCGUGACUAUGGGCUCUGCCUCAGUGACCUAUGUAGACAACAUGGCCUGCAGGCUGGCUCGUCUGCUGGUCACUCAAGCUGACCGACUCACGGCCUGUAGUUACCAGACGCUGCUGACCCCGUUUGCCCUGACAGCGGAAGCGCUGCCCGCCUUGGAUGAGGAGCUCGUGCUGGCUCUGACCCAACUGGAGCUGCCUUUGGGCUGGACAGUCCUGGGAAAUUCCUCACUUGAAGUGUCUCCACACAGAGAAUCUCUACUGCACCUGGCUGUGAGAUGGGGCCUGCCCAAGUUUCUCCAGUUCCUCUUGUGUCUCCCUGGAGGAGUCAAGGCCUUGGAGCUACCCAAUGAAGAAGGCAGCACACCAUUAGACUUAGCUUUGCGUGGUGGACACUCCACGCUGGUGGAAGGCAUCACAGGUUUUCAGGAGAGGCGGUCCCCAGCCUUCUCUCGACUGCAUCUCAACGAAGAUGCCUCUCUGCAGUUAGUUCAUUCAUCAGAAACAUUGACUCUGACUGUAAACCACACAGCCGAGCAUCUGUUGGAGGCAGAUAUCAAACUCUUCCGGAAGUACUUUUGGGACAGGGCCUUUCUUGUCAAGGCUCUUGAGCAAGAAGCCAAGACAGAGGAGAGAGCAACCAUGCCUUCUGGAGCUGCAGAAGCUGAAGAAGAGGUUAAGAAUUUGGAGUCUGGCAGCUCACCAUUGGAGGAGGACGAUGGAAAGGGCCUCAAAAGCCAGGUGGAUGGACUAAGUGAACCUGAAGAUCAGGACCGCCUAGAUUUGGAUCACUCCUUUGAUGACCUCAAAAAAUCCAAGCAUGGCCCAAUGUCUCUUGCUGCAGGCCAGUUCUCUGACGUGCUGAACGGGGGUGAUGAAGUCUAUGCUAACUGUAUGGUGAUUGACCAGGUUGGUGAUUUGGACAUCAGCUAUAUUAAUAUAGAGGGACUCUCCACCCAUACCAGCCCCGAAUCCAUGAGGUCCACUCUGGGGCCUCAGGCUUGCAAGCACAUCCUUCCUCCCAACACUGGUCCCUGUGGGCAUCCUCUUGGUGAGGACAUCGAGGAGACAGUGAACACUGCGACGCCACAGCUCUGUCUGUCACCAGCCAGUUCUCACACUUCCAGCUUGAACCUUUCAUUUGGUCUUCAUGAAUUUGAAAAGGAGCAGAGUCAUCUCAAGAAAAGAAGUUCUAGCCUGGAUGCCCUGGUUGCCGACAGCGAAGGAGAAGAGCGCUCUGAGGCCCCCAUCCGCUAUGCCUCCGGGUCUCAGAGUUCCCCGAGAACUGGGCUUCCCAGUGGAGACGAAAUGGACUCUUUUGAGACCAACACCGAACCAGAUUGUAAUAUCUCCAGGACCGAAUCACUUUCUCUGUCAAAUAAUCUGCAUUCCAAGGAGUCCUUGCUCUCCGGAAUCCGAUCACGCUCGUAUUCCUGCUCAUCUCCCAAAAUCUCUUCAGGAAGAUCCCGGCUAGUGCGUGAUUUCACAGUGUGCAGCUCCAGUGAAGAACAGAGAUCUUACAGUUUUCCGGAGCCACCAGGAGAAAAAAGGAUUCAGGAAGAAGAAUGGGAUGAAUACAUCAUUCCUGCCAAAUCAGAGUCUGAAAAGUACAAAGUGAGCCGAACUUUCAGCUUCCUCAUGAACAGGAUGACCAGCCCUCGGAACAAAUCUAAGAUGAAAAACAAGGACACGAAGGACAAAGAAAAGCUGAACCGACAUCAGUUUGUCCCGGGAACGUUCUCCGGGGUUCUGCAGUGUUCGGGCUGCGACAAAACUCUCUUGGGGAAGGAGUCACUCCAGUGUGCGAACUGUAAGGCAAACGCACACAAGGGCUGCAAAGAUGCUGUGCCUCCAUGUACCAAGAAAUUCCAAGAGAAAUACAACAAGAACAAACCACAAACCAUCCUUGGAAGCUCUUCAGUUAGAGACGUCCCACAGCCUGGGCUCUCCUUGCACCCUUCCUCCUCCAUGCCCAUCGGACUCCCAGCUGGCAGGAAGGAAGCUGCAGGGCAGGUGCACCCGCUGUCCAGAAGCGUCCCGGGCACCACUUUGGAAAGCUUCAGGAGGUCAGUGACAUCCUUGGAGUCUGAGGGUGACAGUAACAGCUGGAGAAGCAGGUCUCAUUCAGAUGAGCUGUUCCAGUCUAUGGGCUCAUCUCCUUCCACGGAGUCAUUCAUGAUGGAAGAUGUUGUGGAUUCCUCUCUGUGGAGUGACCUCAGCAGUGAUGCUCAGGAGUUUGAAGCAGAGUCUUGGAGUCUUGUGGUGGACCCUUCCUUCUGCAGUAAGCAGGAGAAAGAUGUCAUCAAAAGACAGGAUGUCAUUUUUGAGCUGAUGCAGACAGAGGUACAUCACAUCCAGACCCUGCUCAUCAUGUCUGAGGUCUUCAGGAAGGGCAUGAAGGAGGAGCUGCAGCUGGACCACAGCACAGUGGACAAGAUCUUCCCCUGCUUAGAUGAGCUGCUGGAAACCCACAGGCAUUUCUUCUUCAGCAUGAAGGAGCGCAGGCAGGAAUCCUGCACUGACAAUGACAGGAAUUUUGUGAUCAGCCGGAUUGGAGAUAUUCUGGUGCAACAGUUUUCAGAAGAAAAUGCAAGUAAAAUGAAGAAGAUCUAUGGAGAAUUCUGCAGCCAUCACAAAGAAGCCAUGAGCCUCUUUAAAGAGCUCCAACAGAACAAAAAGUUUCAGAAUUUUAUUAAGAUCCGAAAUAGCAACCUUUUGGCUCGCCGCCGAGGAAUCCCAGAGUGCAUCCUGCUUGUCACCCAGCGCAUCACAAAAUACCCAGUCUUGGUGGAGAGGAUCCUGCAGUACACAAAGGAAAAGACUGAAGAACACAAAGACCUGUGCAAAGCUCUUGGUUUAAUUAAAGACAUGAUCGCAGCCGUGGAUCUAAAAGUCAGCGAAUAUGAGAAGAACCAGAAAUGGCUUGAGAUCCUGAAUAAAAUUGAGAACAAAACGUACACAAAGCUAAAAAAUGGCCACGUGUUUAGAAAGCAGGCCCUGAUGAGCAAAGAAAGGGCUGUCCUGCACCACGGCCUUGUUUACUGGAAAACCGCUACAGGCCGUUUCAAAGAUAUCCUAGCUCUGCUUCUAACGGAUGUGCUGCUCUUCUUACAAGAGAAAGACCAGAAGUACAUCUUUGCAGCUGUUGACCAGAAGCCUUCAGUCAUCUCCCUUCAGAAGCUUAUUGCCAGAGAGGUUGCUAAUGAGGAGAGAGGCAUGUUUCUGAUCAGCGCUUCAUCAGCCGGUCCCGAGAUGUAUGAAAUCCACACCAAUUCCAAGGAGGAACGAAAUAACUGGAUGAGGCGGAUCCAGCAGGCAGUAGAGAGUUGUCCAGAAGAGGAAGGAGGAAGGACAAGUGAGUCUGAUGAAGAGAGGCGAAAAGCUGAAGCCAGGGUGGCCAAAAUUCAGCAAUGUCAAGAAAUACUCAGCAACCAAGACCAGCAGAUUUGCACGUACCUGGAAGAAAAGCUGCACAUCUAUGCUGAACUUGGGGAACUGAGUGGCUUUGAGGAUGUCCAUCUGGAACCCCAUCUGCUCAUCAAACCUGACCCCGGAGAGCCUCCCCAGGCAGCCUCCCUGCUGGCAGCAGCCCUGAAAGAAGCCGAGAGUCUGCAGGUUGCUGUGAAGGCUUCAAAGAUAGGCGAUGUAAGCCAGACAUCUGAAGAAGGCUCUGGAGGCGCUGUCCUGACUGACAUGCCCGGGUCACAGGAUGUGCCAGCAUCGCCAACUGCUUCACUAGUCACAGAAGGGACAGAAGGAAGAGGCUGCUGGGAUGUGGAUCCCGGGCUCCAGGGUGUGGUAACGGACUUGGCGGUCUCUGAUGCAGGGGAGAAGGUCGAAUAUAGAAGUUUCCCAGGGUCUUCACAGUCAGAGAUUAUACAAGCGAUACAGAAUUUAACCCGUCUCCUCUAUAGCCUUCAGGCUGCCUUGACCAUCCAGGACAGCCACAUUGAGAUCCACAAGCUGGUUCUACAGCAGCGGGACAGCUUGGCCCCCACCCAUCCCUUCCGAGGUGGCCCCUUCCAGGACCAGGAGAAAUCGCGCUACCUGGAGAAGCAGCGUGAAGAGUUGGCCAACAUCCACAAGCUUCAGCAGCAGUUCCAGCAGGAGCAGCGGCGCUGGCGCCGCACCUGCGACCAGCAGCAGCGCGAACAGGAAGCCCAGGAGAGCUGGCUGCAGGCGCGGGAGCAUGAGUGCCAGUCACAAGAGGACCUGCUUCUGCGCCACCGUAGUGAGCUGGACCACCAGCUCCAGGAGUACCAGCAGAGCCUGGAGCGGCUGCGGGAGGGCCAGCGGUUGGUGGAGAGGGAGAGACAGAGGAUGCGUGUCCAGCAGGGUCUGCUGGGUCACUGCAAGCACAGUCGCCAGAGGAGCCUCCCUGCCGUCUUCUCUCCAGGGACCAAGGAGGUAGUGGAACUUAAUCGAGCUGAGAGUUUGUGUCAUGAGGAUUCACUUUUCAUCAAUGAAGCUUUAAUACGCAUGUCACUUAACACUUCCAAUUCACCAAAUCCACCAAGUGUCUCCUGGGAUGCUCACCCCCCAGCUGUCUCUCAUGUUGAUUUGGUAAGGACCAGUGACAAUCAAACAGAACUGGAGCUAGACAUUUCUCGGUCUUCAGAUGUGAACCAUGAACUCUGGACAGCAGCAGGGCUGGGUCAUCAGAUACCUGCUCCCCAAGAAAACAGCGCGGAUUCUUGUGAAAAUGAUUUGGACUCCUUCCAGAGUGAAUCCCUAGAUCCCCAGGACUCAAAUCAACAUGGCCCUCAGCCACAGACACUCAUAUCAGAAGCAAAACUUACUCUCCCAAUGGUGACCAGACACGGUGGGGGUGCCGGAGACGGAGCUGAAGAAAGCAUUGUUUACCUCUGAUGUGUGGUCAUUUUUUUUUCCCAAGAAAACAAACAAAACCACUGGCACUUUGUGGCCCAGUCCUUGUGUGUGAUUCUCUAUGCCCAAAUUGCUUUAAGGAGAAUAUUUAAUAUUUCAUGCAUGUUCAAUCUUUAGCAUGAGUCUAAUAAUUAAAUUAUUUCUAAAAACCA